AUGAGAUUNCCGGCCCUCGCGGCGGAGGCGCGCUCCUGGGCGGAGCAGCGCCGCGGGGACUGCGACUACCGCCGGCACUCGGGCAACCGUUACGGCGAGAACAUCUUCUGGAUGAGAUACAGGGAGUUCGACCCGGCGGACGCCGUCGCGUACUGGUUCGGCGAGUGGAGGCUGUACGACCACGCGAGUAACAAGUGCCGGUGCUGGCCGGAGAGGAACGGGUGCGAGUGCGGCCAUUACCUGGGCGUGAUAUGGAGCACCACCAGGCGGGUCGGGUGUAGCGGGUCGGUUUAUUGCAGGCACCAGCAAGGGGUGUACGUGGUGUGCAACUACGACCCGCCCGGUUUGAUUCCUGGGGUUGACCCGUUCACCGGUUUGAAGUUAAAAUUGAAUGGAUUUGACCCGGUUCAUAAAUCUACGUUGACCCGUUCAUAA